CUCUCUCUCUCUCUCUCUCUCUCUCUCUCUCUCUCUCUCUUCCAUCAUCCAUCUAGCUUCUCCCAAUCUCGUCUAUGAGAAUCCGGAGGAGACUUCCUCUCCCCCCCAUCUCCUCUCCUCUUCCUCCUCCUCCUCCUGAAAUCGCAGAUCCAUGUGUCUUUCAACUCCAAGCACCAAAUAAAGGAGAGGAAACAGAAGAGAAGGGAGUUGGAGGAGGAGGAGGAGGUGAAGGGUUGCACCCAGUUGGGGAUCUACGAAAGGAACCCCAUGGAUGGGUGAUGGAUCCCAUUAAUUGGGAUCCAUCCCCCUCUGCCUCUCAUCCAACUACAGGGAGGAGCAAACAAGGGAGGAAGCCACCUUUCUUUCCUCCCACACUCAGCCAUGCCCAGGUCUUGAAGGAGGUCAAGGAGGAGGAGAUGGUGGAUUCCAACAAGAGAUGGAACGCCCAAGUUAACAGUAACAAGAGGAUUUCUGGGAGCAGCUCGAGUGCGCUGGUCUCCGAGGAGGCGGCGCCCGGGGAGAGGGUGCUCCUGCCGAAGAAGAGAAGAGGAGGAGAUGAUGAUAACGGGAAUGGACAUGGGAGGCGAGAAGAGAAGACGCCGAAGUCGAAGGCAAGGGCGAAGGCUAGCAGCAGUCAGGUGGAGAACGAUUGCACUACUGUUCACGGUGGUGAGAACAAGAGAGCCGAUGCUGUGAUGGUGAAUGGGAGUGCUGGAUCUAAUGGGAAGAAGAGGCGGAGGCCGGCGGUGCUGAUGGAGGGUUCGAGGUGUAGCCGGGUAAACGGGAGGGGGUGGCGCUGCUGCCAGCAGACGCUUGUCGGGUACUCUCUCUGCGAGCACCACCUGGGGAAGGGGAGGCUGAGGAGCAUGAGCGGCGUGCGAGUCCAAGCCGGCAGCGGUAAGCCCAAGAAGAGCACCGAGGGAGGAGCGGAUGGAGCGGCACCAUUGUCUUCUCCACCACAAGAAGAGGAGAAGGCGGCGUUCGACGUCAAGCAGUGCACGGGAGUUGAUAAAGGGGAGGAGGAUAUGGAGGAGGAGGAGGAGGAGGAGAAGCAGGUGAUGAGGAAGAGGAGGAAGAAGAUUGGAAUGGUGAAGGCUCGAACCAUCAGCAGUUUGCUCGACGAGACCAACCACUCAGUGCAAUCGACACUUUCACCACUGGAGCCAGCACCGAUGCCAUCGAUCAAUGAGGGUGCGACCAUUGUGUGAGAUGGGAGCAACUGGAACUACUCUUCCACUAGUUCUUCCUUUUUGCAGCAAGUUUGAAAAGUGGGUGCUGGAGGUAUUCUGGUUCUAGAUUUAUGAGUGUGCUACAUUUUAUGUUGAAUUUUUGGUUCUUUGGUUCUUUUGGAGAGAAGAAGAUGGUUUCCUUGUUGUGUGUGGGAUUCUAAUGUGGCUUGUGAAACAUGGUGUAGUUUAGCUGGCUUUGUUCCUUCCAAGUUCUUUAUCUUUA